AAUAACAAUAAUAAUUUCCAUUAAAAAAUUUCUAUAAAGUCUCAAAAGCAAAAUACAAUUGGCAAAGCAUUUGAUUAUUUCUUGAACAUUCGUCAAGACCAGUAUCUCCUCUCUUGCUCCCUGCGUAAGCAAAUAUAGAUGGCUGUGGAAUACUAUGAUUUUGGACCUUACAAGAUCCAUCAUAGUUCAGUGUUCUAUACAACUGAUCUUUCUUUUGCCUUUGUCAAUCUUCGUCCUGCUGCGCCGGGUAUGUAUCUACAUGUGCUUAUCUGUCCAAAGCGUGAAGUGAAGCGUGUUGCAGAUCUUACUGCUGAUGAGAUUACUGAUUUAUGGUGUAUAGCACAGAAACUUGGUAGGCAGCUUGAGAGCUACCAUAAGGCAUCAUCACUUACAUUUUGUAUCCAAGAUGGACCCCAAGCAGGGCAAUCGGUACCUCAUGUUCAUAUCCAUAUCCUUCCCCGGAAAAGUGGUGAUUUCGAGAACAAUGAUGACAUUUAUGAUGAAAUAAAUGAAAAGGAGAAAGAGUUGAAACGAAAGCUUGAGGUAGAUAUAGAGAGGAAAGAAAGGAGCCUUGAAGAAAUGGCUCAAGAAGCCGAAGAAUACAGAAAAUUUGUCUUUUGACACUUUAACUGGCACUAGAAAUAAAAUAGAAAAAAUUUACCAAAAGAAAAUCUCGAUAAAAAUAUAUAUAUAAUAAAGGAACAAUAUUUGAUGAUUCUGUGUGUUUCAUAAUAAACAUUUACAUUUAAUCAGGAGUUCUUUGUUGGGAAGUUUCUCAAGAAAACACUGUCUGUUUGAAGUUUUCUCGUCUGUUUUUCAGUCUAUUUGAACAAUUUCUUGUACUUGCUUUGGAACU